GGUUGAAUGUGAAAACCACCCUCGAGUCGACCCCCCGGUCUCCGGUCGGUACCCGACACCGGCCGCUCUCAUUAUUAGGUUAGUGAAACGUAUCGGAAUUUCGGCCACUUUGUUUAGGAAUUUCGCCGAAUACAGUGCACUAGUACUAAAGAGAAUGUUGGUGGACGAGUCAGUUCAAACGAACAGGGAAAUGGAAAGGAAAACCUUCGAGGAACGCGUAUUCAAGGAAGGAAUGGAGCUGUGGAUGCGACAGAAGGAACACGAACUGAAGAGAAGGAAUCAAGAAAGAAAAGAGAUGAAGGAAAUGCUGGAAAACUAUUGGCCUUGGGGAAACAGAAACGACUCGAGACCUCGAGGACUCAGAAAUCUCAGACUCGAAGAAUUGUUUCCUAAUAAAGACUAUAUUAACGCAAAAAGACACGUCGGGGUCCUCGAUUUGGGCCGGCAAGGAGGGGGAGCCCCGAUUUUCAGCAACGGCAACAAACUGACCAAAACCCACGAAGACCCAGCGCUGCGAUUCCAAUUCGGUAGCAAGGAUCUCAGAAAGUGCGUAGACAAUAAUCUCAGAUAUAAAACGAAUCGACAACAACAGCAGGAAUACAAGAAGGAAUUAGAUAAAUUAGUCGAAGAGAAGAGACACAAGCGAUUGGCGGAAAAAGACGAGGAAAAGCGAUUCCAAGAGGAACGAGGAUGGUCCGAUGAAAGAACCCUUAAAAAUAUUCAAUCUCAUGAACCACAAGAAACCAAAUACCAAUCAAAUGAAAUUAAAAAUAGAUGUGACAAGAUAUCCAACGAAAAUUCAUCCAAUAAACCAUCUUCAAGAUUAGCUCCAUCCACGUAUCACAAGAAGAACUUCAUCCCCGUUGGCAGGAAUCGAAAACUCUCUCCCUUAUCGCAUAGUAAGGACGACGGUGUAGAGUUGGUGACUUUAUUAGCCAAGGAUCGAAAGUAUCCUCCCAGGAUUCCUUUGUGCAGUUCUGAUAUAACGUCUGAGAAGAAAAUGGGCAACGGAACGCUAAGAAUCUGGAACAGACAAGGAUCGGCCUACUUGAGAGCACUAGGAGAGCAAAUGACGAGUAAACAGGAAAAAAUUAAGGAAUUUAAAGCUAAUGAAUUGGAAAAAAGCAAACAACACUUCUCCACAUGGUCUGGAUUUUGGGGAAGGCCUGGCAAUGGAGCUCCCCUUUCGGAUCUCAGGAAGAGGUGCUUGGAUAACAUGCUGUAUCCAAAAAUGACUCCUAUAGGUGUUCAUUAGAAACUUCCAGUAUUUGUGGGAUAAUUGAAGUUAGUUUGCUGUAGAUUGUAAAUAUAAAUUGUACUUAAUUAAACGAAUUAUGCG